AUGGAUAAUGGAUAGAAGAAGCAAAGAAAAAGAAGGAGUGAAGCAGAGGAAAGGGCAAUGGCAAUGGCAGCAACAGCAUGGAGCAUAUCACCAUUACCAUCAAGAAGAAACAGACUCACAAUUUCCCCAAUCCCACUGUUUGGUAUUCACACCACAACCCUAACCACUUCCCUCAUAUCCUUCUCUUCCACCACCACCAGCAACAGCAACAACAACGCUCCUCAAACAGAUUGCCCCGUUCCUAUGGAGCAGCAACCCAUCAACGAGUACCACUCUCUCUCCACCUCCUUCCCCUUUUCCUGGGCCGCCCUCGACGCCGUCGAGUACGCCUCCCGCCUCUUCGUCACGGGGACCUCCUUCGCUCUCCUCGUCGGCCUCCCCGUCGCCUGGUUCGGCUCCGCCGGCGCCCAGGCCGAGCCCCUCAAGCGCCUCCUCUGCGCCGCCUCCAGUGGCCUCUUCGCGGUCACGCUCGCCGUCGUUAGGAUGUAUUUAGGCUGGGCUUACGUUGGCAAUAGAUUGCUCAGCGCCACCGUUGAAUAUGAGGAAACAGGGUGGUAUGAUGGUCAGAUAUGGGUGAAGACUGCUGAAGUUUUGGCCCGUGAUAGACUCCUGGGAUCAUUUUCUGUGAAGCCUGUGCUGAGCAGAUUGAAAAUUACUCUUGUAAGUUUGGCAACUUCUUUACUUGUAUGUGCUAUUAUCCUCAUCAACAUUGAUGGGAACCAAAAUCUGACAUCAAAAGAACCUAGAGUUCGAGUUGUACCUGGAGUUUACAAUGAUGAUUCUGCAAGAUUAUUUGAACCAGAUGCUUUUCGUGAUGAAUCUGAACUUCAAUAAUACAUUACAAUUUAUAGUAAGAGUGUUUGGUUGUAUAAUUUUUUCCUUAAACACUUAUCAGAAAGAUAAAAAGUAAAAAUGAAAUAAAUCUUUUCAAAAAAACCAUAAUUAAUUUAUGCAGAAGUCAGUUUAUAAGGAUGUUCUCAAAAUCAGAUUUUAAACUCAUGCAUAAAUUAAUUUGGUUUGAAAAAGUUUAUUUCAAUUUUUUUACUUAUUUUUGCUUAUAUAAGGUUUUAUGGAAAAGUGUAUCCAACCUUACAUGAAUUGUAGAUAUUUGGCAGGAAUAAGUUCUCCAUAUAUUUAGUAUCAGAUUCUAUGUUAGGUGAACAUAUCUUAUGUUGCCUUUUACACACCAUGUGUAUACUGUAAAUCUGGAAACAAAUGAACAUAUAUACAAUGUAAUCAUUUUUAUAUUUUUUUUUU